ACAAAAUGAAUACGCCAUACCGACAUUACGUGCUUUGAAUGGGAGGAGUCUCUCGUCUUCUUGUAUUUUAAUUGGCUGUCAGCUAAAGCAUCAAGAAGUGUGAAUAUCAGUAAUUAUAUUCAGCAUGUUUUGCACAAGAAAUGUCAGCCAGAAAGGGCUAUCUUCAUCCUCCGUCAAAUUAUACCCCAACGAUGUCAUGCUCCGACAACCAAAGUGGAAAUUCGUUUUUAGUGGACUCCUUAAUCAACGGGCGAAACGAGAGCGGUGCUUCCUAUUACCAAAGUAACGGCGUGUACUUGCCGCCUGGUUCGGAGUACUCCUAUGGACUACCCAACAGCGCUUUUUUCUCGGGUCUCAGUAAACGUAACGAGAGUCAUUCUCAAACCAUGGUACCAUCGUCUGGACAUUAUUCUCAUAUUCAAGGGAUGGAAACGUGGCUAGAGACUUCGAGAUCUUGUCGAGUAGAUCAGCCGAGCAACCAGCAGCCAAUUGCUCAGUGUUCAUUCUCACCCAGCAUCAAAGAGGAGAACGCGUAUUGCCUGUAUGAAUCAGAGAAGUGUCCAAAAGGAUCAACAACAACGGAAGACAUAUCCUAUUCUCGGCUGACACCCGGAUCAUGCCCAAUAAACAACCACAGCACUGUGCCUGUUCCCGGUUACUUCCGCCUGUCUCAGGCGUAUACGGCUUCAAAGGUUUAUCAAGAUGUUCAGCCGAAUCCACAGCCGACUCACUUCGCUCUUCAACGACCGGUGCGUUUCGAAACGCCGCCUUCAGCAACACCAGUAGUGGACACAGGCCGGAGUGAGAGUGAAGUUCCAUCUGCCCCAACGCAAUGCACUCCGGCCCCCCUAACAGAUGAGGAAACCCGGGCAUCGUCUGCGGAAGGCUCGUCCUCCCCCGAACCCACCGAAAGCUGUGCAGGAAGUCCAGAUAAACCUAUCAAAGAAGAUGAAAAAACUGCAACCAAAGCCAACUGGCUGACAGCGAAGAGUGGCCGAAAAAAGCGUUGUCCUUAUACCAAGCAUCAGACACUUGAGCUGGAGAAAGAAUUUCUCUAUAACAUGUACUUGACUCGAGAGCGUCGUCUGGAAAUCAGCCGCAGUGUCCACCUGACAGACAGGCAAGUCAAAAUCUGGUUCCAGAACCGAAGAAUGAAACUCAAAAAAAUGAGCCGGGAAAACAGAAUUCGGGAGCUAUCUAACAACUUCAGUUUUUCGUGAGACAUUUAUGCGGUCUUUGGCGCCCUCCUCCAUCAGUGGCGAGGGCGCCUUCCCUCGAGAAACCCUGGAGUGAAUAUGGCCAUGUACAGGAUAGGCCUACUAUUGCUAAUUUAUUGAUAUGUUGUUUUGUUGACGUUUUAUUUGUUUACGUCUGUUUUGUUUGUCGUGAUAACGUAUUUAUACGGUCAUAAGAUGCUUGCAUGGUCUAAAACAAUGUAAGAAGUUGUCGAAAAUAUAGAUAUGGAACAACGUGUUUCACAGCUGCACAAUAUUGGCAUUUGUUGUACAUAAUAUGUAUAAAGCCUUGAACCUGAAGCAUUGACUUUGCAUGCUGGAAUAGCUCUUGAGGAAAUGUUGUAACCUUUAGCAAUAUAGGCUUAAGUUAUGUCAUGUCUAAAGGGCGUCGAGGGGGCUAAUAUUUCAUAUUUGCCCAUGUUGCUUGGAUCCUGCCUAAAGCAUCAAUAACUGUUUUGUUAAGGCUUUUAUUUAUACACAAAAACUAUGUGAGAAUUGUAUUGUUUACAAUUUAUUUGACUUCUUGCUGAGGGUGAUUUCAUGUAUUUAUUCUUCUCUCCAUCCGUUUUAAUGUUACACUGUGAAAGAGUGAUUCGAUGCUAUGAGGGUUUUGGGCUUAGGCUACAUAAGCAAAUAAAGACAUGGCAUGUUUUUA